CCCUCGUCCCCUCGUCCAUGAUAAAAGUACUGCCAAAUAAUGGUAGCAACGUCAUCACACAUGCUACACUCGCUGCAUCUGCAUCUGCAUCUCCAUCUCCGUCUCCGAUGCCUUUGCAAAACCACAAUUAAUGUGAUGAGUGUGAGCUGCUCAACCUUGCAGAUGGUUCAUAGCCAACGAGCUCCAGAGCAUCACUGUCAUUAUCCCCUUUGCACGCCUCUGAUACGUUUAAAUUGUCCAGAAGAGUUGAGAGUUGCGAGCAGGCUUCCUAAUAUAUCCCUGCCGCAAAAGUACAUGAGUAUGUCAACGCAAGAGCAUACAGACAUCAUUUCGUUCCAUCAUACCUAUAACGGAUCCAUUCUUACAUCUCAGCAUAUAAUCCCUUGGUUUUUCUCUACCAGGAAAAGUAUAGACGCCCAGUCAUUCAAGUCUUGUGUCGUCUCGUCUUAAGCCAGGCCUCUCUACUAGCAUCUUCUUACUUCGCUAGAUCAGAUGCAUCUGCUUCUACUCGUACUUCUGAUCCAGCACCUCACCUAAGCCCAAACUCAGACAUACUGACUGCGUCUCCACGACUCAAGAUCUGACCUCGUUACUAAGGUCCUCGCCCGCGCUGCUUCUACCUUUCGAUCGAUGCGGCCAUCUUCCGCAUAACCUUAGCAUCGCGCCUAAUCGACUAUCCAGCUGUUCAGCUAAUCCAGUCCUCGUUAGCUGCACAGCCUCAGGUACCGAACGAACCACCCCAGCGACCAUUGCCCACCCUGCCUGCCCUGCCCUGCCCUGCUCACCAAACCACUUUUUCCCCUCCAAAGUAUCCAGACCCUUCUAUUUCCACAACUCCAUUUCGACGGUCCAGCUCCUCUUUGGCAGUCCACGAUACCCAGACCGAUCGCCCUCUUACUCGAAACGCCCCAGGCUACCACGUUCCUUUGAUAGUUGCAGCCCGUCAACAUCGGCAGAACCAAUCGGAGCGUGCGGCAUUUUGAUAGCAGAACUCCGCGGAUCUUCAAUUUCUAUUCUAGAGAUCUCUUCGAUUGGAUCCUCCAUACUCUGCUCAUGCCACAUAGCUAGAAACUUGGAACAACCAUGGCUUCCCCGCCAGUCCCCACACCUAGACUCCCGCGCGACGAGUCGAUCGAGGCGAUUGAUUUCGCUGCCAGUCCACAGUCGCCAGACUCUACCUUAGACGAAGAAGAUGAGUCCCCUCUGGCAAGCCCUACCCCAGAGUCCUCAAAUACUCCUCCUCCACGCCUCCCCUCCCUCAAGUCCGACUCUCAAGGUACAGCGUCCAUGACUGCGUCCUCAACACCGUUAGGCCUACUACAAAACGCACGAAGACCAUUACAACCACCACCCAGUAUGUCGGGACUACGAGCAGCGCAGACUUCACAACAGUUACCACAAAGCAUGGAGGCGAAGAUGAAGGCGUUCCAUCUCUCGAGACAGGGCACCCCACCCAUGCGUCCAGGCGUUGGGGGGGCAUCGUUGUCAACAGGUGCUGGUCCUCUGCCAGAUCAACCUAAGUUUGGUGGACAGGCUAUGGGAGGUCUGCCAGGAGGAUUACGCUUGCCACCGAACAUGCGACCUCAAGCCCAUAACUUUGUCUCAGCUCCAGCAGUCCCGAAGAUGCCAGUGAAAGGCGGACUAAGCGCCAGACGAGGCAUGAAGCUACCGGGAGGCCUACCAGGUUCGGUUCCUGACAGCCCAAGCACGCCAAACCUCAAUGGAGAUACUCCGACCAGGACAAAUAGUGACAAACCUGAAUCGAUGUUCGACAAGUUUUCAGAGUUCCUCGAUGCUAAGAACGGCACUUUGAAGUUCAAGAACAAGGCAGUCAUUCAUGGAAACGGCAUCGAUUUCAACUCCGGCAGCACUUUCAGUAUAUCGUUAGACGAGGUCGAUACAUUGGAGGAGUUGGGUAAGGGAAACUAUGGUACCGUUUACAAGGUCCGCCAUUCGAGGCCUAGGAUGAGAAGACCUGGACUUGGAUUGGCUGGCAACAAACAUUCAUCCUCUAUGUCGACCAACUCCUUGAACGAUACUGUUGCAUCAGAAACAUCACCCAAACCCAGCGGGAACACUAGUGGGGUUGUUAUGGCUAUGAAAGAGAUCAGAUUAGAGCUUGAUGAGGCUAAGUUUGCCAACAUCAUUAUGGAACUCGAUAUCUUGCACAGAUGUUUAAGUCCCUACAUAAUCGACUUCUAUGGUGCUUUCUUCCAAGAGGGAGCGGUCUACAUCUGUAUUGAAUUCAUGGACGGUGGCUCGAUCGACAAGAUCUAUGGAGAUGGUAUUCCAGAGAAUGUACUGCGGAAGAUCACCUACGCCACGACACAGGGACUGAGAACUCUAAAGGACGAUCACAACAUCAUCCACAGAGAUGUCAAGCCUACGAACAUCCUUGUCAACACGAGAGGUCAAGUGAAGAUCUGCGACUUUGGCGUCAGCGGAAACUUGGUUGCCAGUAUCGCCAAGACAAACAUUGGUUGCCAGUCCUACAUGGCUCCCGAGCGGAUAUCUGGAGGGGGGAUGUCACAAGCUGGUGGAGCAGGUGGAACAUACAGCGUUCAGAGCGACAUAUGGAGUUUGGGUCUGAGUAUUAUCGAGUGUGCGAUGGGAAGAUAUCCAUACCCACCAGAGACCUACAACAACAUUUUCUCGCAACUAAGCGUAAGUUACUUCGAGCCAAAUAGUGGCGAACCUUCUCUAACUUUUCUCAGGCAAUUGUAGAUGGUGAGCCACCUGAUCUCCCAGAAGAAGGCUAUUCCGCUACGGCACGCGAUUUCGUCCACGGCUGCCUCAACAAGAUCCCUAAACUUCGCCCUACGUACUCCAUGCUGCUCGCCCACCCUUGGCUAGCGGGCCUCUCGAAACCACUCACCAUCUCCGAAGAAGAUGAGGACGAAGAAGCCGAAUUACCCACAGGAUUCGCUGAUGGAGAAGCUCCGAAGAAGGAGAUGGGUGCUGGACGCGGAACCGAAGAUGAAGAGGUCGCCGAGUGGGUCAAGAAUGCUAUGGAGCGCAAGAUGAGGGGGCUGAUGGGCGAGGCCGCUAAGCCUGCUCUUCAUGCAGCACCCCUGGAUACCGUGAGCCCUGCAGUGACGCCCUCAGCUUAGAGUAGGCUGGCCUGCUCUUUGAUCGUUCGGGCAUGUAGCCUCUGACUUGCACCUGUACGGGGUACUCAGAACCUCUCGCCAAAAGCAAGAUUUCGUGACUUUACAUUCGACCUUUUCCUCCCCCAUGCGAGACAUCCACUCAAGUCUUCUCAUUUAUUAUGAGGACGAAUAGGAUACGAAGGGGCAAACGCCACUCCAUUUCGACGAACAUUAUGAUGACGGAUUGCAUGGAUGAUGAGUGAUGAUGGACUAUGGAUGAUGAUUGAUACAUGCAUUUUCAGCGAAAGCCUGUGGGGAUAAAAAUUGAGUGGGUGGUUCUGGGCGAAUUUUCUUCUUCUUUGUUUCAAGGGCACAAUAACACCCCACACGUACAUGUCUCUUUUUUCUUUGUUGAGGAGAUGCUCAUUUGAGAUAUGAGAGUUGAGAAUGGUCAUGGGGAAAGAAUGGAGAUGUGAGAAGGAAGUGUGUAGAUGGAGAGUUGGGUAUAAAGAUUGAGAGGAAGGAGGGAGUUAGAUACAUACAGUGCGCGGCAUUACUGGGCGCGCGUGUAGCAUACAUAGCUGGUAGAAGAUGAGCCUGCGAUCACCGAGAAUGAACGGUAGAUGGCAGCUGGAGGAACGAAUGAAACGAAAUUGAGAAGCUG